AUGACACGUCCAGUUAUAUCAUUAAAGCCCAGUUACAACUCAAUUAUUAGAGGCUGUCCUGGAUUGCCAGAAACUUUGCCCAGGUUGGAAUGCGAGCUCAGAAUACGCUCUAGUGAUGGGAAAGAAUUGUACAUAGAAAGCGUUGAAGUGGUUCUCAAAUCUACAGAGUCUUUGCACAACUCUGGUCAUAGCUUUACUACGAGGCCAAAAGUCGAGAAAACUGCCGUGCACUAUAGAAAGAACAUUAAGGUAUCUGAUAAGAAGCUGAUCGGAAUUGACAUCCCAUUGACCAUCGCUGUCCCAGAUGAUAUUAAGGAGACUAAUUUUAACUCUCGUUUCGGGCAUAGCUACACAACCUUUGAAUGUCGAACGACAUAUUAUACUGUCGCUGGAAAUACUCUCCAGGAGACCUUUACAACGGCCGUUUACGUGGAACGGUACGACCUCAUUGCAUCACCUAAACACACCCUGCCUUUAAGUCGAAUGUAUCACUCCCCUGAUAAGAGAGUUCAAGUCAAAUACGAGGUGCAAAACCCUUGCGUGUCAACGGAUGAUCUGUUACAUUUAAAGCUGGAUAUCAUACCAAACCUUUCAUCAAGCGCAUUCAGUAGCAGUACACGCCACUUCAGCAAGAGACUCAAACUAAAAACAGUCACAUUUGAAAUCAAAGAGUAUCUGGAGACCUUCGAUUCUCACUAUGACUCAAGGGAAAAUAUUAUUCAUACUAUGACCAAGCCAUUUAACGAAGUUGUGCCGAAAUCUGGUAUCCAGUUUGAAGCCGACGUCCGAAUAUUUACUAAGAACCUGCAAUUUAAACAGUACGAGAUGUCUCUCAAUGAACCUGCUGUGCUAUAUCGUUUACCUGAACACCCACCUGCGCUUAAUGAGCGGCCGCCAGAAACAGUGCUUUUGAAAAGCAAAAAAGAUCUGGAACCCUUUCACUACCAUAGUUCAAUUACCACGCAUGGCAGGCUAUUCUCCGUUACGCACGGCAUCACUAUAAAGUUUAAGAUCGGUAACGCCAAGGAUUUCGAACUCCAUCAGCCGAUUGACAUAUCCCCGUGGGUCAAAACUCAAAUGAAGCAUAUUGAAAACUCCAUAGCGCGAGAAACUGGCGUUGCUAAUAAUGCUAGAGCGUUUUACGAUUCUUUCGGUGGAAUUAGGAGGCGCAAGAGCUCUGGAGAGUUAGAAUACCCACCACUACCCCCCAUAGUUUAUUCAGCCGAUGCCAGUACCCUAAAAAGUUUGGGCAUCAAUUACAACACCAAUUUCAAAACACCAAAAAGAGUGUUGGUGAUUGAGUAG